GCUAGCCAUCUGAUUGGUCCUCCGGGCCCAGUUUAAAAACUAGACCGCGUAGCGGAGCGAAGCAGCCAGAGCUAACGCCACCGAGUGCCUUUCGAUGUUUUCGGCUUUAAAUACUCUGUCUGGACAAUAAAACACACCCAGACGAAGAUGAUGCAGUCGUGUUUAGCUGGGAAGCCGGAGAGAGUCGGGCCGGUUCAGGUGGAAGACAUCAGGAGAGAUCUGCUCGGGGAAUUCGCUGCUCUACCAGCGCAGGACAGGGUCCAGUCGCAGUCGGAGAACCUGCAGGUCUUCCUGAGGGUCCGACCAUUCACUGCAGCCGAGAGCGACAACGGAGGGUCACAGGAGUGCGUGACCAUCGAGGGACCGGACACUGUGGUCCUGAAGGCUCCCAGGAGCUGUCAAUCAAACCGACAGAGUGAGAAGUCCCUCCCACAAACGGCACAGAGGUUCACCUUCACACAGGUGUUUGAUCCGGAGGCCAGUCAGAGGAAGGUGUUCGAAGGCUCGGUUCGUGGUCUGGUCCGAGACGUUCUGGAAGGAGGAAACUGUCUGGUGUUCACGUACGGAGUCACCAACGCCGGAAAGACCUUCACAUUCCUGGGUCCGGACCAUGACUCGGGUCUGUUGCCCAGGUCUCUGUCAGUCAUCUUUAACAGUAUCGAAGGUCGCCUGUACAGUCGGACCGAUCUGAAGCCUCAGCGCUGCAGGGACUUCAGCAGACUGACUCCAGACCAGCAGGCAGCAGAGAGCAGCAGCAAGAGGAACCUGCUGAGGCUGCUCAAAGAGAGCGACAGAAGUCUGGCGUCUGGAAGAUCAACUUUUCUUGACGGCUCGUCUCUCAGCAGUGACAGCAGUGUCAACAGCGUCUCUGAAGCCGACAGUUUCUGUCUAGACGUCGACUCAAACGUUCGUUUCUCUGUUUGGGUUUCAUUCUGUGAGAUUUACAACGACAACAUCCACGACCUGCUGGAACAGGUUCCCAGUGGACACCACCGGAGGACGGUGCUGCGUCUGUCUCAGGACGUCAAAGGAAACUCCUUCAUCAAAGACCUGCGGUGGGUCCAGGUGAACAGCUCUGAGGAGGCCUACAGAGUGAUGAAGAUCGGGAAGAAGAACCAGAGUUUCUCCUCCACCAGACUGAACCAGCUGUCCAGCAGGAGCCACAGCAUCUUCUCCAUCAGGAUCCUCAGAGUGGACGACGUCGGCGUUCCCAGAGUCCUCGGCAUCAGCGAGCUGGCCCUGUGCGACCUGGCCGGCUCUGAGCGAUGUUCUCGCACUCAAAACACCGGAGAGCGCCUGAAGGAGGCGGGGAACAUCAACAGUUCUCUGCUCACGCUCGGGAAGUGCAUCAACGCCAUGAGAAUUAACCAACACGCCAAGCUUCAGCACCACGUCCCCUUCAGGGAGUCCAAGCUGACUCACUUCCUGCAGUUCUUCUUCUGUGGUGCCGGCCGGGUCUCCAUGGUGGUAAACAUAAACCAGAACUCGUCCUGCUUCGACGAGACCCUCAAUGUCCUGAAGUUCUCCGCCCUCGCCCAGAAGGUGGUGGUGUUGAACUCGAGGCCGGUGGUCCUGGACGACGCCCCCCACAAGUCGGCCAUGGAGCUGUCGAUGAUCAUCGACGAUGCCGACCAGCGCAGGAACGUGUCGGGGCGGGGCAGGAAGAGCUCGCUGGUCGCCUGGGAGACGACCCUGGAAGAUGUGCUGGAGGAUGAGGACGGCGAAGAGUGGGAGGAGGAGGAAGAGGAGAGUGUGAUGGAGGGAACAGUGCUGGAGGCAGGAGGUGAGGAAGACGAACAGGAGGAAGAGGACAUGACCGUGGAGGAAGAAGAGAAGUCGGACAGAGAGGCAGCGCUGCGUUUGGUUCUGGAGGCUCAGAUCAGAGAAGAAGUCAGCGCUGAGUUCAUGGAGCUCUUCAACAAGAUGGAGAAAGACUACAGCGAGCGUCUGGAGAAGGAGAGGGAGAUCCUGGAGGAGCGAGCUGAGAAGAGAGUCGAGAUCCUCAAGAACCUGGUCAGCAAGACGGUCGAUCUCUCUGCGGUCAACGCCGCAGACAACAGCAAGGAGGAGCGGGUGGCUCUGUUGGAGGGAGUCAUCAGCUCACUGACCGGAGACCUGGAGAAGAUAAGAGAGGACGCUCAGAGUGUUCACCGCUGUCUGACUGAACACACACACACUGCAGAGCUGGAGGCGCUGCGAUUGCAGAAGCAUGACCAACUGCAGGAAGCCAAGGAGAGUCUGGAGCAGCAGCAGCAGAAGCUAUCGGAGCUAAUGGAGAUGUGUCAGCAGAAAGACGAUAUCAUCAACAAUCUCCAGGCAGCCAUGGACGGCACCGUGGAGAACGCCACCAGAGACAGGGCUCUGGUAGAGUCGAUCAGGUCGGAGCUGCUGGAGCUUCAGCAGACCUGCCGCUGUCUGAGGAGGACAGGAGGAGAGGAAGAGGAGGAGAAAGAGAAAGAGGAGACAAGGAAACGACAGCGUGAAGCUCUGGAGGAUGAGGAGGAGAGAGAACCGGCAAGGAAGAGAGUCUCCCCAGUUCUGGAGGAGGAGAUCUGGAGGCUCCAGGAGGAAAACGACAAGAAAGAAGAAACCAUUGCCGAGCUGAGAGAGAGGGAGGAGAGGAGGAGGGGGCUGGAGGAAGAGCUGCGGAGACGGGAGGAGGAGGUAGAGGAGUUGAAGAAGGAGCGGGUUUUGCUGGAGCAGAACGUGCAGAAGCUGAAGGAUCUGGACCAGUGUCCAAACUGUGACUCUGUGUUUUCGUCUCUGGAGUCGGAGCAGAGGGAAACAUCCAGACUGCUGAAAGAGAACAAAGCUCUGGUUAACGGCAUCUUCCAGCUCCAGACUGAGGUGACCAGUCUCCAGACACAGCUGAAAGAGCAGACUGACAGGUGUGACAGCCUAUCAGAGCAGCUCAGCACUGCAAAGACCCGCCUCCAGGACUUGGAGAGCCAAUCAGAGGAGAAGGCCAACGCCAUCAACAGUCUGACACAAGAAGUGGAGCAUCUGAGACAGGAAGAGGAGGAGGGACGGAGCAGCAGCAGUAAUUUCCACACCACCAUAGAGGAGCUGAAGAAGGAGAGCCUGGCAGCGGUGGAGAGAUCAGUUCAGAAAUCACAACAGAUCCGAGAUCUGCAGAGAGAAAAGAGCCAGCUGGAGGAAACUCUGUCACACAGUGAAAGCAGGUGCGUUGAGCUCAGAGAGGAGUUAGCCAAUCAGAAAGCAGAAUUCUCCCGUCAGCUUCAGAGCCUGAGGGCGGAGCUUGAGUCUGAGGGCGGAGCUCUGCGAGAGAGACUGGAGGAGAUGGAGAGAUCCGAGGAGGAGAGGAGGAGGAACCAGGAGAGCGAGAGAGAAGAGCUGCGUCGCGUCGCGUCAGAGAAGGAGAAACUGAUGGAAGAAAGUCGGAGACAGACGGAGACUCUGAGAAAGGAGCUGAGGCGUCUGAAGGAAGACCUGCAGAGGAGGGAGGAGGAGGAGGAGGAGGAGGACAGAGGGGCGGAGGAGGAGAAGGUGUCCGUGGUGGAGGAGCUGAAAGAGGAGAUCCGGAGACUCCAGGAGAGGAGGGGGAAGCAGCAGCAGCAGGAGGAGGAGGAGGAGGAGGGGAGGAGCAGGGAGUUUGAUGCUGUAAAGAAAGAGGUGGAGAGACUACAGAGAGUGAAGGAGGAGAGAGAGAACCACCUGCAGGGAAACUCACAGAGGUGUGGUCGGCGUGUCCUUCCAGAACAGGACGUUCACGUCUCUCCUCUGAGGUCCAACAUGGCCGCCAAUAAGAAAACCCCUAAAACUACAGGGAGGAAGAGGAAGAGCUGCGAGGUGGAGGACCUGGUGUUCAGCGAGAACAAGAGAAACCGAGUGAGAGGAAACACUCGAAACAACAAACAGUCUUCUUCUGUGGUGAAGGAGAAGCGAGACGGGACUCUUCAGAAGAUUGGCGAGUUGAUCCACAGCUCUCCCUCCAUCCUGGGCAGCAAAGCUAAAACCAUCAUCGGUCUGGUCAGUGGACAUUCAGUGGAGAAAGAGACGGUUACCAAACUGAGACGAGGACGGAAGAAGCUUUAUAACAAGGACGCCUCGACCCAGCUGCUGGACUCUCCACACAUGGUGUCAGGAGGAGCAGAGGAGGAGAAGGAGAGCGAUCAUCUGAUCAUUAAGAGAACGCUGCGGUCCAAGACCUGCAGGAAGUGACAUCAUCAUCAUAUGACGACAUUACGCUGUAAAAGAUGGUUUUCGGGCGGUAUUAAAAUCUCUCAGGACACUCUGAGAAUAAAAUUUGUCAAACUUUCAGUGAUUCUGAAGAAGAGUGUGAUUUUAAAUAUUUGUACAGUUUUUAUUUCUGUGAUUUUAGAUUUUUAGUUUGUGAUUUCAUGACUUUUUUUUUUAUUGCUGGGGGUCAAUAAAUUACAGAAAGAACAGUGCAACAAUCCUUUUCACUUUAUUAAAAAUGAUCCUCCAUCUGAA